UUUGAUGGCAACAAAUUCGGGCGUUGUCAAGUUGUUGUUUAUGUGAGUUCUUAAUUUUCCGUUAAUUUUCAGCAAGGAAAGUCAAAGCAUAUUUCUUGGUUUAGUAUAGUUGAGUGUAUAGAUUUUUAAGGGUAACAUGUUUGCUUAAAUAUAUUUAAUACUAAAAUACAAUGAUUCCAUGACAAAUUUAAUAAUCAUAAAUAUAUUUCUUAUAUUUUCUGAAAAUACAAUUCUUCGUUAUUUUUUUUUAGAUUAGGGAUGUAACAUAUUUAAACGAUUAUCAUUGCAUUAAUGAUUCAGUAAUUUGUCUACUUGAAUAUAAUUUUAGGCAUUUAUUUCAAUUUCAUAAAAUUUGGUUGUAAUGAAUAAAAAUAUGGCUAUUUUGCCUAGUGAUUAAGUUAUGGUUAUGCUAUACUAAUCUACACUAAUAUUAUAAAGAGGAAAGAUUUGUAUUUGUGUGUGUGUGUGUAUGUUUGUAAUGAAUAAACUCAAAAACUACUGUGCCAAUUUCAAAAAAAUUUUCACUAUUAGAAAGUUACAUUCACCUUGAGUAACAUAGGCUAUAUUUAUUGCUAGAAAAGAUAAGGAACCCUUACUAAAACUUAAGUAACGUAACCCAAGGUGUAAAAAAAAUUGCUGGUAAAUAUUUAGUGUACGGAUUAUCGUCAAAAAAAUUUUUAAAAAUCUGAAAUAACUUUCAUUAUUAUGCUCUUUUACGUCCUAUUUUCAUUACAGCCUGCGGAGAUAAGAAAUUUUAAAUACCUUAUACGAGAUAUCGAAUUUUUUAAUUUUCAUAUUUGGGCGAUAUUUGUUAAAAAAAAAAAAAAAAAAAUUCUGAAAAUACUUUUAUUCUGUGCCCUUUAACUUCCUCUUUUCAUUAAACCCGGCGGAGAUAAGAAAUUCCAAAUACUUUAGGAGAUAUUGAAUUUUUUAAUUUUCAUCCUGUGCACUCGUGCAGCGUUAACCAUUGUUGCUUGUUUACAAGUAUGAUUUUUUUUUUUUUGCGAUGUAGGUGAACGACUACAUCACGUAAAAAGAAAUUAAGAGUUCCUACUGUUCAUCCUUUGUCCCGGUUUGUUAGGUCAGGUCAGCUACAUUGUAAAUACUUUAAAACUAAACAACCAUUAAAAUUAAUUUUAUUAUUUUUAAUGUCCGUUCAGUUUCAAAGUAUUUAUAAUUUAGCUGACCUGACCUAAUCUAUCUUUGUCCCGUUUUGUUAGGUCAGGUCAGUUACAUUAUAAAUACUUAAAACUAUACAACAAGUAAAAUUAAUUGAUAUUAUUUUUAAUUUCCGUUUAUUUUGAAGUAUUUAUAAUGUAACUAACCUUACCUAAUGGAAAAUUUCUGUUAUUUAGGCAUUCACGCACACACUGCAAAAUAUAAAAUUGCGGUGGUUGAAUGAUUACAUAGGUCUUGUAUUGCAAAAUAAGAACGGCGAUAUCUCCAAAAGUAAUUGGAAUUUCUUAUCUCCGCAGGCUGUAAUGAAAAGAGGACGUAAAAGAGCAUAUAAUGAAAGUAAUUUCAGAUUUUUAAAAAAAUUUUUGAUGCUAAUCCGUACACUACAUAUUUACCAAAAUGCUAUUAAACUUCUUACGUCGCAUGUGCUGCAGAAACUAUUGAUGAUAGAACAAAAGUAUGUUCUACAAUAUUAAAGAACAUAUCAAUAUCUACAAAAAACUUUGUGAUACUAUAUGUCCAACUAUUAUCGUUAUGUCACAAUACCACUUUUUACAUUUUAAAAGUUGAUAGAAAUACCGACCAAAAUUAACCAUGUUAUUUAUACUUCUGUUUUAAUCCUUAUCCAAAUAAAUCAUAUUGUUUUCAAGACUGUUUCAAUUCAUGUAGAUUACUUUUUGAAUUGUUCAAAUCCGCUAUUCCAAUCAAUAGAUAUUACAAAUUUAAUAAGUCACUAGCGGCCCGUCCCGGCUUUGCACGGGUGGACAUGAUUUUUUAAAUAUUUUUUCCUUUUAUUUAUAUUUUUUUGUUGUUCAGUAAAUGAGAUAAAUAGAAUGAUUAUGGAAAAAGUACCGGGUGAUUUUAAAUGUUACAAAUCUAUUGACACCGUGUGCAACAUCGAAGAUACAGUGUACUACCCACAAAAAUUUUUAAAUUCCCUUAAUCACCCCACAAACUAAAAUUAAAAUGAGGUACUCCCAUUAUGCUAUUGAGAAGUUUGAGCCCUCCCAGUAUGUGUAAUGGUACAAGACUUUUGAUAAAGGAAUUACGAGACAAUGCGAUUGUAGCAAAAAUCAUCACUGGGCCCGCGGCCGGACAGCUCGCUCACAUUCCGCGAAUCCCGAUGAUUCCGACAGAUUUGCCUAUUUCCUUUAAAAGGUUUAAGUUUCCUAUGAAGAUAUCGUUUGCCCUUAAAUCUCAGGGACAAACUUUUUCUAUUGCUGGCAUCGACCUAAGAAAAGAGUGCUUCUCUCAUGAGCAAUUAUAUGUUGUCCUUUCUCGAGUAGGAUCUCCUGAAAAUCAAUAUGUGAUGUUAUCACCUACAAAUACCACUGUCAACAUAGUGUACAGUGAAGCUUUAAGGUAAAAGUUUUGUAAAAUAAAAGAAAGAACCAAUAGAAUUAAAUAAAGCUUUAAAAUAAAAAUGUAAAUACAGAAAUGUAAAAAUUACAAUGACUUAGAAAAACUCUUUAAAUAAAUACACACACUUAAAACAACAACAAAAAAUAAUAAAAGAUGUAAAUAUAUAAAAAACUUAGAAAAUUUAAUUAGGUAGGUUCAGAUAAAAAUGUAAAAUGUUGUAAAAAUUUAAAUAAAAAAAAAUACUAAGUAAUAUGUCUCCCUUAAGAUUAAAUAGGUUACUUUAAUAAAAAAAGAUAAUUCAGAUUGUAAGUAUACAUAGAUAAUGUGAUACUGUGUUAAAAAAAAUAUAAAAAUGAAACAAUAAAAACAUAUAAAUAAAAGGUAAAAAUAUAAAAAAAAUCAUGACCACCCGUGCGAAGCUGGGACGGGCCGCUAGUCUAUGAUAUUGUGAGAAUGUUUGGUGUAGGUUUUGUACUUUAAAAUAACCUAGUGUGGAUGGUGGUUAGGUUUGCUUGGUUACAUUUAAAAUACUGUUAAGUUAUUGUUUAGGAAUUAUAAAUUUAGGUAAUUGUUACUUAUUGAAUAUCCAGUUGUAAUUUAAAAUAAAAUAUUAAACCGAAGAAAGGACCUGGUUGUGUUUGUCAUGCAAAGAUGUAUAAUUACCAAAAAAUAUUUUUUUCGAAAAUACAUACAUACCUAAUAUGAAUGUUGUUUCCGGCAGCAGUUUUGUGCAACUUAACAAGUUAUUUUCUUUAAUUAGCCAUAUUUUUUAAUAACGUCCUAAGUUAUCAAAGACAUUUUUACAAUAUGACUAGUUAAAUUGAGGUGAUUAAAAUGUUUUGCUGAUUAAGUCUUUAAAAUAAUUUUUUCCCCUAAAAGUAUACCUAGAAUGUUUGAUUUUAUUUUGAAUUGUUAUUAAUAGUAGGGUUUUUGAUGAUUGCAUAUCAAAAAAUUUAGGUUAUGUUAUCUAAUAAUUUGGUGCAGUUUGGUGAUUUAAAAACUUUUGUAAAAAUGUAUAUAGCUCGAAAACUACAAUUUUUUUUUUAUUUUUUAAAUUUUAUUUUGAACCAUUAUUUACUGGACUAGCAUCUGUUCACGUCUUGAUGUUGAGUUAUAAAGGAUAUGAAAUAUCCUUUAUUAGUACUUUCAUAUGACAGACAAUAAACUUAUAUAAGCUGAGUUUUUGGGUUUAGGAUUUUAUAGUUAAGGUCAUAUUCCAAAUUCCAUUUAUCAAUAUGUAUACCCAAAAAAUUUGAAAAUCAGAGAUUACCAUGGUUUGGCUCUAAUCCGAUGAAAACAAUGUAAAAGUGGAAAUUUAAAAAAAAAACUCUAAAUCCUGAGAUAAACUUUUCAGAUUUCAGUUAUUUAAAAGCCUUCUGAAUCUGAAAAAAAAAAAAAAAAAAAAAAAAAACUGGGGGGAGGAAACAUGUUUUAGCAUAUUUUCUGUGAAGCAAAAAAAAAACUAAGCUUUAUUGAAUGCAACCUUAAUGUACUUACACAACCUUGGUUGGCAUAUCUCAGAUUUCCCGUCAGCAAUUUAUUGAAAAAUGUAUAGGCUAAUUAAUAUUUUUUGACCAUUUUAGUUUUAAAUGGUCCGAUGUUGCUUAUAUACGCUAUGAAAGUUUAAAAACAUUCUGAAUGUAAGAUUUCCUGAUGGCUGAGCAGAAGUCAGCUCUAUCCAGCGGCUCUAUCCGGCCGUCCGGGACAGAGAGCUUGGGGCAACAACAGCAUAAGUCAUUCCACGCGUAUACAGCAAUUUCCAACCAAGUUUUAAUAUUUUUACAAGAGAAUGAGCAGUCAUAACGUUAAGAGAGCAGUUACAUGUUGACCUUCAUACAUGUGUUUACUAUCAAUAAAAAUUAAAUUUAGAGUGAGAACUGUCAUACAGCUUGUCCCAGGGCCUCUGAAAGCCUUCAAAGUGUUGUUUUCAUGGAGCAUAUCACAAACAUUAUUUUUUUCGGCCACUUUGUACCGAUAGAGCUGUAGGAAAGUCCCUAAAUAUCAGCUCUAUCUGUAUCAUGUUUGUGAUAUACUCCAUGAAAACAACACUUUGGAGGCUUUCAGAGGCCCUGGAACAACCUGUACGAUAGUUUACUCAGUAAUACUUUAGUUAUAUCAUCAAUAAAAAAGAAAGGCACUUCCUUGUAGAGCACCAGAGCUUGCAACAUGCAAAUCAGAAUUUGAAUUAUUAAUUAAAACAAAGAAAUUUCUAUCUUUCAAAUAACCGGAGUACCAUUUGAGGUUAUUUGUUGCUUAAUCCUAUAUUAGAUAAUUUUUUAAAAGAAAUAUGUGAUGAUGUACUGUGUCAAACAUUAUUCUGACAACCAUUUCUGCAUAGUACAAAAAAAACACUUUUUAGCUUCCUGUCGAGUUCCCCUGAAACGUGUGUAAUGCCCACAGCGUUAGUGAGCAUGUUUUUGUCGGCAGGCUGGAUUUGUCGUAGAGUGGGUUCAAGAUGGUUGUGCUCAACACGUGUUGGUCCCCCUGCAUCUGGAACAACAAUCUGAAGGCGGGCAGCUACAAUGUUGCAGCUUAUACUGCGUCUUUCAGCAUAGUGCUCAUCACGUUCGUUUCCUACAACUUGGCGGGUGGCGAUUCCUCGCAGCUGUAUUCACCGCUCUUUGAGACGGAUGUCCGCCAUUCGAUGAAGGGCGUCGGGGGCUUCUUCAUCGUGUACCUGCUGGUGCUCAUCGGGCUGUCGGUGCUGCUCAUGUUCGGGGUCUCCAAGAUGAACCGCGGCAUGAUGCUGCCCUGGAUGAUCUGCUUCGGCGUCGUCGUCCUCUUCCAGUUCGUCUUCGGCCUGUGGCUCAUCGGGGGCUACUACAUCUACUUACAAAUGGUGAUGGCAGCUUUUGUGGACUGGAUAUGGACCGCUUACAAUCUGUACUGCUGGCUGUGCGUGUACUCGCUGUACAAGUACUACGAGGAGCUGCAGUCGCCCAACAUCGAGCUGUUGUACCCGUAGUCCCGCGAGCCCAGCAGUACCAACAUUCCACUCCGUCCAGCCGUCUGCUCGGUGGCUCUACUCACUGAGUAGUGACUCUUCUUAUUUACAUUUCCAAGCAGUCGACAAACUUAUGGCAAGUGGUGCACACCGUUUGUAUUUUUUUUUUUGUUGCAUCUGUGCCCACGUAGUUAAAACGAGCUGUUAUUACGUAAGUCAAAUUACUUUCCAAACAACCCGCUUUUGCAUAAUGCAUUAGCUGGUGUAUGUUUUUUUUUUAAAAUGGUUGCCAGAACCAGGAUUUUAAAUAGUAUUUAUUUCGAUACCACACAAUGUUGUGAGAGUUCUUGGUAGGAAAGCGAGCGGGAAGUCUUCUUUUUCACAGACGAGAGAGCUAAACGCCCGAUCGUACAUCUUCAGGUUUUUUUUUAUUUUGGGCAACUCAUGAUAACUAAUGCUCAAUUAGGUUAGGUUAGCUACAUUAUAAAUACUUUAAAACAUUGUGGACAGUUGAUUUGGUUAGGAUAGCUACAUUAAAGAAGCUGUGAAAUCAUGUAAACAGUUUCCUAGCCCUGGAUAGCUACAUAUUAAAAAAUUAUCUGCUAAGCAACGUUCGGGGAACUUCGGGUGUGGCCCUCUCGUCUGUGAAAUGAAGGCUUCCCGAAAGCGAGUUAGCUUAACACGCUCAGUUAACUAAUAUCCAUGAAGUAGGUAGUUAUUCGGCUGUUCUCAUGGAAAUGUAGAUACACCAGUGAUCCUUCGGUAGCCAAAGAUAUUCCGUCCAGAAAAUCUGCACUUUUUAUCACAUUCCCAGUUCAUGCAUAAAUGUGUUCGUUAUAAUUGGUAAUAUUUUUGUAUUUUUAUAUUUAAGUGUGGUUUUUACUAUGAACGUUUUUUUACACAAUUUUGUGGCUAUUAAGAAAUCCUGCACUUUGUAUACAAUUGAUUUUACUCAACGACAUGGUCGCAGACUGAUGCAAACAUUUCUCAACUUGAUUUAUACACAGUGAUCCCUUAAGUUACAUAAAUAAUAACUAUCUACAUUCUACAUUAAAAUAUUUGAAUCCUCUUCCUGAUGAAGUGACAGUUGAUUUUAUACAAAUAAGGAUACUACAAAUUUAUACAAAUAAGGAUACUACAAAAAAAUUCCAAAAUGAGCUGUUGAAGUUAUCGUCAAAUUGUGGUGACGUUAAGAUAUAUUUCUUGAAUGUUUAACCUUUUCAGCCACAGAUAGCUCAGUACUGAACUGUAUUUUUUUGUUUCGAUUGUAAUUUAUGGCGCGCGCGCGUGUGUGUGUGUGGGUGCGUGCGUGCGUGCGUGUGUGUGUGUGUGAAAUUACAAUCAAAACAAACCACUCUCAGCUAUUUGAUGUUGACCUCAAGUGUUUGCAGCGUAGAUGAAGUGGGGUCAGUGAUGAACGGGGGUGAGUGGUGACAAAGUGCAAUUAAUGAAGCUGAUGACUGAUGUUAUAUCAACAAUUACUAGCUGUCGCGGUAGAUGUUCUAACACUCCGCCGUUGGCGACAAUGGAUGGAUCCUUACACUUGUGAACUGCCCGCGUUGAACAUCAAAGCAUCUUGAUUGUGGCAGCCACCACUGGACCGUGUUGCAUGCGUGCGUCACUUUGGUGCGUUUGUGUGCUUUGUGCAACUAUGUACAUGCCUGCCUACUGCAAUCACCUGCUUGGCCCCUUUUUCCUGUUUACCAUGUAUACACUUCUUUGUUUAUUUCACUGUCACCACUCACCUUACAGAUCGUUGUUUAAGAAACAACACAGAUUAAGUGACUUAUUUUUAAUUUUUUUUUUGUUUCUUUAUGGAAAAACAGCAUCGUCUACUCAUGAUGUUACUGAGCACUCUAUAAAGAUUAAAUAUGUUAAUCUAACACAAAAACAACAUAUUUGCAGAUGGCAAAUUAGCUUUUUAUCGCAUAGACAAUGUGCCUUAAACGAUGAUAUAUGCUGUUUAUUGUACUUGUGUGCGAUUGCAACCGGAAUUAAAAAUACAUAGUUUUAGAGCGCUAAUAUUAUUUCAUCACAUUAGAGAAGAUUGAUAAAAACAAUAAGAAAUUAUUUACAUCAUUGAAAAAAAUGGAUAAAUAUUAAAUAUGGUAGAAGUGUUUUGUAUCAAGCAAAGUCUGUUCAUGGCAUGUCCAACGUAUAAUAAGUCCUCUAGUAAGAUCACAGAAAUUUAAUAGACACUUUGAUUUAUACUGAAAAGCUAAGUUUGUUUAAAGUAAGCUAUGAUUUUUUUUUGUACCUUUUACUGUAGUGUAAUUUUUUGAAACUGGCUUGGGUAUGUUUUGAAGUGUGAUUGUGCCAUAGCUCACGUUAACACAUUGAUCUUUAAGAAACCGAACAAUUGUGAUGCUUCAGAAUUCAUUCACAGUUUGUUAGUCGUGAGAUCUUGAUCUGAUAUACUGGAAUCUCUUGAUAAAGCACCCACUUUAAUAUUGAUGAAGAUAAAUAUUAUUUGGAUUAAAAUCAAGUAAAAAGCACACUAAGAUUGGUGAAAUUUUGUAGGUCUGGUCUGUUGACUAUAUUUCGUUAUUAGAGACAAGAUUUAAUGGUUUUAUUUUCAGGCCAAUAUUUUUAAAUAGGAGAUUUCUGUUUUGUUUUUUUGGUUUAAUAUUUUAUGAAAUGUGUUUAUAUUAAUUAAUAUGUUUAUAUGACACGUAUGUGUUUCAUCGUACUAUUUUCUCCACAACAGUGCCAUUUUGACAUAUAAUGAUUUGUGAUAAGCAUGUCAAAAUUUUCAAAACAAAUAAAAUUUACUGAUGUCAUAAUGUAACAAUGAGUAACUAGUAAAAGUUGCUAGAUUAGAAAGACAACUUUUUCCAGUUUGACUUGCAUAAAAUGUGGUACAAACACUUUGCUAAAUAAUUUAAUUUCAUUGAAUUUUAUAUUUGCCAUUAGAGAUAAGUUGUGAUUGAAAAUGCUGAUUAGUUUCAUGAUUUUAAUCGCAGUUUGGUACUUUGUGAUGCAUUAACUUAAAUUUCGGUGUUGUGUGUGGUAUAUCGACAUGCUUUUCAGAGUUACUUCAGUUUUAUCGCAAAUUACCAUUUAAUCUUGUCUCUUGUUAAUCAUUCAUUAAUCAAAUUUGAGACUGUUGUGUAUCCCGGUCAGACUGCAGUGGCUUGCCAGUGCCUUCUGAAUCGCAGAGAUGCAGGCGUAGAACAGCAUGUAGGCCUGAACUCUGAAGGGAAAUAUUCCACCAGUGGAAAAUUUUCAUUCCUGUCUAAAAAUUUGAUAUUGACUUGUGCAACAGCUGGCGAUGACGGAGCCUUGUAGGAUUACUUGGCACACACUUCUCGAAUGUGGCAAUCUCAUGGCGGUUAUACCUGUGAAAAUGAAUUUAAAAUAUUUAAAAAAAAAAUAUAUAUGGAUGUUGACAAAGGAAUAUGUAUUUUAAGUUUUUUUUUUACAUGUAUUUAAGACAGCUAACAUAAAGUAUUGCUUUUCAUUGUUUGUAGGUGAAAUAGUUUUUGUCCUAGACAGUUGAUGUAUAAUUUGUUACAAGCAAAGAAAUAUAUUUUUAAGAAAUGGA